UUUCAUAUUUGACCCCAAAAUUCUCAAUCCGCCAUUGAUCACCAAAACCAGUAACACCGACGGUCUUCCUCACCGCAUUUGUCUAAAUCCCAUUCUGAAGCAAAAUCAAGGAGAUGGUGUUCUAAAUUGUAAUCGGAUUUCGUUCUUUGGACUAAUUUCCUUGCGAUUGAUUCAUGACAUUGGCAUCUUUGUAGUUGAAUCCGAUCCAUUUCAAUUCUGAAACAUCAGAAGUGGCAGCCAUGGGAGCACCUUCAGCUUCCUCCACCGACGGAGGAGGAGGUUACCGAGAUGCCGAAUCUCUCUUCCGUACCAAACCCAUUUCUGAAAUUCGCAAGGUGGAAUCCUCCACCCGUGCUCAGAUCCAGUCCAAGCAAGAGGAGCUUCGGCAACUCGUCGGUAACCGUUACCGAGAUCUGAUCGACUCUGCCGACUCCAUCGUUCUUAUGAAGUCUACUUCCAAUUCUAUUUCCUCUAAUCUCUCUUCAAUUCACCUUUCCAUUCGUUCCCUUUCGUCUUCUGAUUCGCUCACGCAUCUUCCUUCUCAUAAUCAUGUUCGUGUUACGCUUUAUGCCAUUGCUUCUCGGGUUAAGUAUCUUGUUGAUACCCCUGAGAAUAUUUGGGGUUGUCUCGAUGAGUCCAUGUUUCUCGAAGCUGCUGUUCGUCAUCUUCGAGCGAAGCAUGUACAGCAAGCUUUGACUACCCAUAAUGCCGAUUCGGAUCGUAAGUUUCUUUCAAAAUUUCCUCUGCUUCAGCAUCACUGGCAGAUAGUUGAGAGCUUCAAAUAUCAGAUUUCGCAGCGUAGUCGUGAGAGACUGCUCGAUCGUGGACUUGGGGUUGGAGCUUAUGCAGAUGCUUUGGCUGCUGUCGCCGUUAUUGAUGAACUUGAGCCGAAGCAAGUACUUAAUUUGUUUCUCGAAUCGAGAAAAUCUUGGAUUUCUCAAAAAUUAGGUACAUGUGGGAGCAAUGUAGCUUGCUCAAUUGUAGUAUCCGUGUUCUGCGAGGUUUUGGCUAUAAUUCAGGUCAGUAUAGGACAGGUGGGUGAGUUGUUCUUGCAAGUAUUGAAUGAUAUGCCAUUGUUUUACAAAGUUAUAUUGAGCUCUCCACCUGCAUCUCAAUUGUUCGGUGGAAUUCCCAACCCGGACGAAGAAGUUAGGCUCUGGAAGUUAUUUAGGGAUACAUUAGAGUCAGUCAUGGUCAUGCUUGAGAAAGAUUACAUUGCUAGGACUUGCUCAAGUUGGCUAAGAGAAUGUGGGAGAGAGAUUGUUAGCCAGAUCAAUGGAAGGUUUUUGAUUGAUGCCAUUGGAAGCGGCCAGGACCUUGCUUCUGCUGAGAAAUUAAUAAGAGAGACAAUGGAAAGUAAGGAAGUCUUGGAAGGAAGUUUGGAUUGGUUGAAAAGUGUUUUCGGGUCUGAAAUUGAGUUGCCGUGGAGUCGAAUGAGGGAACUUGUUUUGGAAGAUGACUCAGACCUCUGGGAUGACAUAUUUGAGGAUGCAUUUGCUCGCAGGAUGAAAGCUAUUAUCGACUCGAAAUUCAAAGAACUGAUUGAAGUAAUUAAUAUUGAAGAAUCGGUUCAUCUACCCGAGUUUGCUUUAAGUAGUAGUAUUAUGGAUUUCCAGGGAUACUUGAACAGGCCCUCUACAGGUGGUGGGGUUUGGUUUAUUGAAUUCAAUGCUAAGAAAGUCUGUCCAACUGUGGGAGCAAAAGCAUGUUUAGAAGAGAGUGAUUCUAAUAGUUGUAUCAAUGCAUAUUUCGGUCCAGAAGUCAGUCGUAUCAGAGAUGCAUUCGAGAACUGUUGUAAGAGUGUACUUGAGGAUCUUCUCAGUUUCAUAGAAUCUCCCAAGGCAUCAAUAAGGUUAAAAGAUUUGGCUCCUUAUCUACAGAGUAAGUGCUAUGAAAGCAUGUCAACCAUAUUGAUGGAGCUAGAAAAAGAGAUCGAUAAUCUAUAUAGUAACAUGGAAGGUAGUCGGACUGCUAAUCAGCCCGUUAGUCCUGCUCCACUUGUUGAGAGAUCACUUUUCGUUGGUCGACUCCUGUUUGCAUUUCAAAAUCACUUGAAGCACAUUAGUGUCAUCCUUGGGUCACCAAAAUUUUGGGUAAAUGACAUAUCAUCCUCGGUUUUUGAUAAGCAUUCUUCAUUACUGCGACCGUCGAAAGGUGCUCCUGAUUCUCCUUUAUACAUUAAUUCUCCAGGACGACAAAUGUCUACUGAUUCUAGAAGACAAACGUCACUAGCCGUAACUGCGCUGCUUGGAACUAAAGAAAGUGCAAGCCCAAAACUUGAAGAAUUGAAUAGAGUUAUUCAUGAUCUUUCUGUGAGGUCUCAUACCUUGUGGAUGCGAUGGUUAUGUAAUGAGCUUUCUGCCAUUCUCUCUAGAGAUCUUGCCCGAGAUGAUGCCCUACUGUCAGCAACGCCCUUGAGGGGCUGGGAAGAGACAGUAAUCAAGCAAGAACAAUCUGCUGAAGGCCAAUCAGAUAUGAAAAUUGCUCUUCCAUCAAUGCCUUCUCUUUAUAUAAUUUCAUUUCUAUUCCGUGCAUGUGAAGAAAUUCACAGGAUUGGAGGUCAUGUUCUUGACAAGACAAUUAUUCGAAAAUUUGCAACAACCCUGCUGGAAAAGGUUAUAGGUAUCUAUGGAGAUUUCAUUUCAUCUAUGGAAGUUGGCGGGCCUCAAGUGUCAGAAAAAGGAGUAUUGCAGGUCCUGUUGGAUAUAAGAUUCACUGCUGAUAUUUUAUGUGGGGCUCAUUCUAACAUGGGUGAAGAGUUGUCCAAAAACCCAAGGGCGAAGUAUGCCUUCAGAAGGAAGCAGGAUAUAAGCGAGGAAAAAUCAGUCGUUAGAGAGCGUGUGAAUGCAUUAACAGAUUGUCUUUCAAAAAAGCUUGAUCCAAUUGACUGGCAAACGUAUGAGCCAUAUCUCUGGGAAAAUGAAAGGCAGACAUACCUUCGACAUGCUGUCCUUUUUGGAUUCUUCGUGCAGCUCAAUAGGAUGUACACUGACACUGUUCAGAAAUUGCCAAGCAAUUCAGAGUCCAAUAUCAUGAGAUGCCUAACCGUUCCUCGUUUUAAAUACCUUCCCAUCAGUGCCCCAGUCUUGUCAUCAAAAGGAGGCAUGAAGGCGACUAUUUCUACACCUUCAGAUGACAUCUCCUCGAGAAACUCCUGGAAAGCUUAUACAAACGGAGAGCUUUCACAAAAAAUAGAUUUAAAUGAUAACUCCAGCUUCGGUGUAGCAGCACCGUUAUUUAAAUCUUUUAUGCAGGUUGGGAGCAGAUUUGGAGAGAGCACUCUAAAACUAGGAUCCAUGUUGACCGAUGGUCAAGUUGGCAUAUUUAAAGAUCGAUCAGCAGCUGCGAUGUCGACGUUUGGUGAUAUUCUACCCGCACAAGCUGCAGGUCUUCUUUCUUCCUUCACUGCUUCCAGAUCAGAUCCCUGAUGUUUUCUUCUAGAUACCUAAUUUUGAUCAGCACUGGGUUAUAAUAAUAACCACUAAAAAGUUAUGAACAUUCACAAGCAUCAAAGAAGAUACAUAUCAAUUCAAGUUUUGAAGGUGAACACCAUAAUCUGGACGACGAGUUGGAACUCUAGAGCAUAUAGAUCAGUUUUUCUUUCAAUGUUACGACACCAAACUGCGAUAGACCACCGACAGCGUCACGUUGAAGGCAGAACUAUACUAGGUAAUAUGUCGAGCGAGAUGCAAAUUACAGGUACCCAAGACUCCAGCAAUAUCUUCCAAGUUAGUUAUGUUUUCCCUACGUGCUUUCUUACAAAUAAGUGUACCAUAUGUAGUGUCGAUAAGAUUGAUUGGUCGUUUACGAACAAAUAUUGCCAAAGAUGAAUUAUAUGUGGGAUUAGAUUAGAGAAUAAUAUCCAUAGGAAGGGGGGGAGUACUUCAAAAAUUGUAUGUGCACAAAGGCAAUUGUUCGACUCUUACGUUUGGAUUCGAAGGUCGACGUUUUCGGACUGUGGCUUCUCCUUUGGUGUUUGGUUUUGUUUGCUUGGAUUCAUGGCAUUUGUAUAGGUAACAACCUACUAUUUUCUUUUGACCUCUCUCCUAGAGAAGAAUAUAUGUAGUAUUUUGUUUAUGCUUAUUA